AUGAAGCUGUCCUUCCUUUUCCUUGGCCUUCUGGUGGCCUUGGUGACUGCCGUCGCCAUUCCAGAGCCUGAGAACGGCAUGUCUACCCUUACCACCCACCCCACUUGGCUACCCUCACUAACCAAGCCAAAGCCGAUGUUUCUUAUCCUGGACAGCCAUGCAGAGGAAACUGGGCCUGUCCUAGCUCCGAGCACUGCGAAAAAGGCUACUGCCAGCUCAACAUGCUUGAAGGACAAGGACUGUUCCAAGUACAUGAAAUGCUCUGACACUCACUGCUUCCCUCAUUCCAACAAUGAUCGCCGUGACUCCGAGGACUCCACUGGCUCUGAUGUUGCCGACGCUGAUUCCAACGCUGUCACCUACAACGAGUACCCCGAUGAAGCUACUGUUGUUCCUGACGCUCAGUUCCAUGCUCCUUGCGUCAAUAACUCCAACUGCUCCUCGAAUGAGACCGGGCGCUGCUGGGAGUCAGGUGAUUGCAAUCGGCGACAGCAUUGCAUUAAUACCUUCUGUUACCCUCCUAACCUCAAGAGCCGUCGUGACUCUGUCGAUGGUAUUGGUAUCGACCAGAAUGAUGAUGUCACCGAGCUUGAUCAGGAGGACACGCUGCUGGAUCUAGUGGCUAGGGAGGAAAACAUUCGGUACAACAAGUGCCGUCGUGGCUGUAACACUAGCAAUGACUGCUGCCGUGGAGAUGACUGCUGGGGUAGAGUUUGCCUGGGUCCUCAUCGAGGAGGUUGA